AUGGUAGCCCAAGAGGAACAGUCGCGCAAACGAGCUAGUGGCGAGGCGCUGAUCAACGAGGUUGCUAGUGCCGUUCGCAAACGUCCCAAGCGGGCCAGGUUCAUUCGCGGGCCAAAACCACUCAGAAGCACGAUCCUAGGCGGCGGUGAGGGCGGCGAGCCUCUUACCCGUAUUGGGAGAGGAUCUGAUAAUUGGUCUGAGGAUGAUGAAGAUGAGGCUACUCUGAAACGUGAGACGGAUUGGCCUGUUCCCCCGACGCGACUAAGCCGUACUUCAGGCACAUCCGGCACAACAUCUACUACGGAUAUCACUUCUAUGCGCCUCCCGGCUACCGAUGGCUCGGCAUGUGCUGGUUGCGGCUCAUCAUCUCACCGGCUCAAUAUCUGCAUGAAGGCAGGCUCCGUGACCGGUCUCAUGAAAGGAUGCCCAUGGUGCAACACCCUCAACCACAGUCUCACCAACUGUCCGGACACAAAGCACGAUCGAGCCAUGCAGCUUGAAUUCAUCCAGAUGCGCUCCAACAUGCCAUUCUUCCAGCCGACGCAAAACUGGGUCGAUGUCGUCCGCGCUGCUGUCGCCGAUGGCCACAAGCCUCCCCAAGCUUUCCUUUGA